GCCCCAUCGUCUCGAAGCAUCCUCUCUCUCUCUCUCUCUCUCUGGGAAUAAGUCGAACUGUGAUGUCAAAGGAUUCCGCCGAUACCAGCGAGAGUAAAAGAAUCAAAUUCCUAUACAGUUACGCUGGCAGAAUCCUCCCUCGUCGCACGGACGGCAAGCUGCGGUACGUCGGCGGCUUCACCAGAGUCCUCGCCGUUUAUCGCUCCAUAACAUUUGAAGAGUUGAUGGAGAGGUUCAGGGACCUGUGUGGAUCAUCCAUGAGUUUGAAGUGCAAAUUGCCGAGUGAAGAUCUUGACGUGUUGGUUUCGAUAGCCUGUGACGAGGAUCUGGCUAAUGUGAUUGACGAAUACGACCGAUUCGCGUCGGCUACGCAGAAGGACGUGAAGAUCACGGCACUGCUAUUUCCGCUCAAAUCUCUCAAGAAAAUCUCCCCUGUUUCCAGUGCCGAGGACCUCCACUCUACAGGCUCCAGCGGCGAUGCAUCCUCAACCAACUCGCCAACCCUCGCCUUCGCCGGAUUCCGCUCCGCGCCGCCUCAUAUAGCUGCAUAUACAUGUCGAUGUUGCGGCCGGAAUUCGCUGCCAGGUUUUGCAGUUCCCACCGGUUUCCGGAGAGACGCUGGAAAAGUCUGCUAUCAUGCUUGCUGUGAACAAGGAAGGCGAAGACAUGCCUACGCCGUUCAUCCCCGGAAUCACUUCCGGUCGUCAAGGACGCCAAGAUAUUCUACGAGAUUCCUUUCCUGAGCUUUGGACAAGUUGCGAUAUUUGGCGGUACUUUUCUUUAAGUUUCGGAGAUGUGCAGUGAAAUCAGAAAGGCAAAUAGCAACAUAAUUGUGAUUGGGAAAACAACAGUUGAUAACGACAAAGAAGACUAUGACAAUGAUGCAGAUGACGAGGAAGCUGAUAAUGCCGAGGAGUCAGAAGGUGAUGAGUUUGAGUAAGAAAGUGCUAGUAAUUCCUUGCAGUUCUUUUUAUCUGUUUGUUACUUAUCUUUGUCAAAAACUUAGAAGUUGGAUAUAUAAGGCAUUUGCAAGGCAUGCAUUAACUACCUUCUCCUUUGCCUGUAUAUCUUUGCAUAAACAAGGUUAUAUUGCGCAUAUUUUGCCUGUAUAUUUUCCAUCUCUUCUAGUUCUAUUGCUUUUAUGAGGAUUUUACUUGUAUGAGGAUUUUAUCCAUAGAAUUAAUAUAGGAUAGUUAAAAUGAAAAAGUGUUUGGCGUUUUAUGUGAUCGUAAAAUUCUAUUAUAGGUAAAAGGAAGAUUUUAUGUGAUGGCUAUAAGACCAUUUUUGUUAUAUGGCAUUAAAUGUUGAUUCUGUGUGUCAUAUUCUUUGGAUAUAAUCUUUUCUCCAAUGAUUAUCACCUUAAAAAAUAAAUUUAAAAAGUCAAGAAGAUAAUUGAUUUUUUGACAACCUUCUAUGCCUUUUAAAGAGAUCCUUUUUAGUACAAGCUUUUUCAUUGCUGAGAGAUUUAAAAGAAUAAUAAACUGAAUUUAUUCAGACACGAAUCCUAUUUUAACUCUACAAUAGGACUUUCUCCCUCUCUACAUGCCAAAACAUAUAAUGAAACUUACAAUAUGUUGAAGAAGUAAGUGUUUAUGAUGAUAGCUUUAGUUAAAUGAGUUAAUUAUUAUGUAUGUAUAUAAUGAGAGGAUUAGUCGUUAAGAUCAAUCCAAAAUCAUAAAGGAUUCGUAACAUUUACUGAUUUUGGAAAGAGGAUUCUGAGGAUCAAGGUCAAGUCAGCAUUAAUUUCAUGGUCCAUGGCGCGGCCACCACCUGCGCCAUGCUCCUGCUGCUGCUGCCACCUGUUUUUGUUGAUGUUGCUUGUCUAGCAGAAUGAAAUCCUCUUUUUUUAUUUUUAUUUUUUUUUUCUGCCCCACAAAAUCAAAAGCCAUUUAUCGUUCAGGUGGGCCUGCCUUUUUGGCCUUAAGUGGGCGAAAGUUAUGAUGCCUUAAUAAUUGAAAACUUUCUAAAUUGGAAAAAAUUAGGAAUCCUUAUUAACAUCAAAUUUUCAAAAUCUGCAAAAUUUAUCAAUCUUUAUUAUUAAAUUAUUAAUACAAUUUCAAGAAAAUUAAGGUUCUUAUGUACAUGAAAUAAUAAACAUAAGAAAAUUAUGCAACAAAUGACUUUAUUUAGAGUCUAUAUUGUACUCCAGGCCAUACAUGAAAUAUACACACAUAUACGUAUAUAUUAUAUAUAUUUGGACUAUCUCAUUAAAGGAAAAAAAUAAACAAUCAAUUUAGAGAUUUAAGAGUAUAAUAAACUGAAUCUAUUUAAAGAUGAAUCAGAUAUAACUCUAUAAUAGGACUCUCUCUCUCUCUUUCUUUACAUAACAAAAUAUCUAAAGAAAUUUACAAUAUCAUGAAAAAGUAAAUGUUUACAUUGAUGAACUCUUGUAUUACUAACAAAAUAUCCAAUGGAACUUACAAUACCAUGAAAAGGUAACUGUUUACAUUAACGAACUCUUGUAUUACUAAAAAUCUACUAUGUCCAUGUACUGAGUGAACUACAUAAUUGACUCGAGAGGUCUAGCUCUUUAAUUCCUUGUCUUUGAGUUGUUUGGUAAGCUUUCUCGAGAAAAUAUAUAACUUCUGAGAUAUCUCUGUCUGGACUCAUAAUUCUUAUUGAACAUAAAUGGUGGUCUUGUAUCUUUAGAAGUUGGCGGAGGAGAGAAUGGCGACGGAAUUCUCUAUUUGCGGUUGUCCAUUGAUGCAUCUGUUCGAUUCUUUUCUCUUUUUUUAUUUAGACUAUCGGGACAUUUAAGCCGUCUUUAAAAUAAUUAUUUGUGAAGGAUUCCUCUUGGAAAGAACUUGCAUCUGCCACCUUCUUCUUCUUGAUCAAUCUUAGUAGUAUGUUGAUCAUCUUACUUGGUUGUUGGCUGAUUUUCUUACUUUCCUUCUUCUCUCUGCAGCAUUUGUUCUUCUUAUGUGUGCAUAUAUUGAGAGAAUAUAAUUUGUUCUCCAAAAUUUAUAGACAUAUGAUAAACCAAAAUCUGAAAGAAAAAGGAUUCGUCAUUAGGAUCAAUCCAAAACCAUAUAGGAUUCAUAAAUUUUGCUGAAUUUGGAUAAAGAGAGUAAGGACCAAGGUCAAGUUAGGAUUAGAUAAUUUUCUAGAUCGAAUAUUCAUUAUAUUAUCUUUUCUCCAAAGAUUAUCUCCUUAAAAAAUAAAUUAAAAAAAUCAAGAAGAUAAUUGACUAUUUGACAACUUUCUGAUUCUAAAUGCCAUUUAACCAUUUUCUUGGAUGCCUUUUAAAGACAUCCUUUUUAGUACAAACUCCUUCAUUGCUAAGAGAUUUAAAAGAAUAAUAAACUAAAAUUUAUUCAGACAUGAAUGCUAUUUUAACUGUACAAUAGGACUCGCUCCCUCUCUACAUGCCAACAUAUCUAAUGAAACUUACUAUUUGUUGAAGAAGUAAGUGUUUAUGAUGAUAGCUCUAGUUAAAUGAGUUAAUUAUUAUGUAUGCAUAUAAUGAGAGAAUUAGUCGUUAAGAUCAAUCCAAAAUCAUAAAGGAUUCAUCGAAUUUACUGAUUUUGGAAAAAGGAUAGUGUGGAUCUAAGCCAAGUCAGGAUUAAUGGGCCUUCAUGGUCCAUCCUCUUGGCCUAAAUGGAGAGUCCAACAGAAUGAAAUCCUCUUUUUUGUUUUCUGCCCCCAAAAUUGAAAGCCAUUUAUUGUUUGGGUUGGCUUGCCUUUUGGGCCUUGAGUGGGAAAAAGUUACGAUGCCCUAGUAACUGAAAAUUUUCUAAAUUGGAAAGAAUUAGGAAUCUUUGUUAACUUCAAAUUUCGAAAAUCUGCAAAAUCUCUUUAUUAUUAAAUUGUUAAUACAAUUUCAGGAAACUUAAAUGUUCUUGUGUACAUGAAAUAAUAAACACAAGAAAAUUAUGUAACAAUUGGCUUUAUUUAGAGUCUAUAUUGUAUUCUAGGCCAUAAGUGAAAUAUACACACAUAUAUGUAUAUUAUAUACAUUUGGACUAUCUUAUUAAAGGAAAUAAAUAAAAUGUCAAUUUAGAGAUUUAAGAGUACAAUAAACUGAAUCUAUUUAGAAAUAAAUCUUGUAUGACUCUACAAUAGGACUCUCUCUCUCUUUCUCUACAUAACAAAAUAUCUAAUGAAAUUUACAAUAUCCUAAAAAAGUAAGUGUUCACAUUAACGAACUUUUGAGUGUUUUUGGUAUGUUUAUGACUGGACAAUAGGUAGAAAAAAGAACUUGUGUUCUUUUGCUGUUUAGAGCUCUUUGUUACCAGGGGAGGGCUGAUUUUUCUAGGAAGCCUUUGUGGAGCUCUUCUUUGUCUAGUUUUCUUAUUUGAAUUUAUUAUAAGUGUUGAUCAUUUUAUGUAUUUUAUUGUCUGUUGCAGGUUGUGUUUUACGUAUUUUAUUUAUUGGGUGCUGUGGCUUAUACCUUUUUUAGUUUUAAAUAAUUUGUGCUUGUUGAAGGUAGGAUUGCCUAAAGCAUAGGAUGCAAGUCGUUUUUUUGGUGAUUUGGUGUAUAUGCCUAAUAGGUACAAUAGAGCUUUUGAGGGCUUAAGAGUAUUAUAUUCAUUGGUUGUAGGGAUUCUUUGGUUUGCUUUUGAAAAAGUAAAUGUUUACAUUAAUGAACUAUUGUAUUACUAAAAAUCUAUCAUGUCCAUGCAUGAGUGAAUUAGAUAAUUCAAUUGAGAUGUGUAGCUCUCUAAUUCUUUGUUUUUGAGUUGUUUGGUAUGGUUUCUUGAGAAAGUAUAUAACUUCUAAGAUAUCUUUGUUUGGAAGCACAACUCUUAUUGAACGUAAAUAAUGCUCUUUUAUCUUUAGAAGUUGGCGGAGGAGAGAAGGACGAAGUCUCUCUUUGGACACCUAAUUGGCUAAUGCUCAACGAUUUUAGAAAUUCUUGAUCUACGACUGCCCAUUGAUGCAUCCUUUCAAUUCUUCUCUCUUUCUUUGUUAAUACUAUCAGGACAUCUAGGUUGUCUUUAAAAGAAUUAUCUAUGAAGGAUUCCUCUUGAGAAAAACUUGCAUCUGCCACCUUCUUCUUCUUGAUAAAUCUUAAAAGUAUGCUAAUCAUCUUGCUUGAUUUUAACCAAUCUUUGUACGUUCUUUCUUCUCUUUGCAGCGUGUGUUCUUUUUAUGUGUGCGUAUAAUCAGAGAAUGUAGUCUAUUCUCAAAUAUUUAUAGAUAUAUGAUAAACCAAAAUCUGAAAGAAAAAUGAUUUGUCACUAGGAUCAAUCCAAAAUUGUCACUAGGAUCAAUCCAAAAUCAAAUAGGGUUUAUAAAUUUUGCUGAUUUUGGAUAAGGAGAGUAAGGAUCAAGGUCAACUCAUGAUUAGAUGAUUUUCUUAAUCGGAAAUAAUUAGGAAUCCUUAUUGACUUGAACUUUCCAAAAUCAGCCAAAAAAAUAUCAAUCUUUAUUAAAUUAUUAAUUGUACCACUAAACAACCCCAUAUAGUUUCAAGUUACAAUUAUCCAAACAAAUCUACUAAAAAUAACUGGAAACUAUUUGACACAGCGUGUAGCGUGCGUGUGAAAAAAAUACACCAAAAUAAACCCUUGAGAGAGUAAACUUCAAUGGCUGAAUCUUGGCUUUCAAGAAGACUAAAAAACAAGACUGUUUUGCUAAGAAAAUCCAAAUAGGUUGCUAAAAUUUGAUUGAGAAAAACUUGAUUACAAACUCUAGGUUCUAGGCAUAUUUAUAGUAUUUGGCUAAUCCAAAUCCAUCUAAUAUUUGUAAACAAAAUCUAACUAGAAUUCUAAUAAAAAUAAAUUAUAAAUAAAAGUUAACUGGAAUCCUAAUAAAAAUAAAACCCUAAUCAAACACGAAGUAGAAUCUUAAAUCAACUAGAAACAUGAAGUAGAAUCCUAAAUCAAGUAAAAUCAUGAAUUAAAAUCCUAAAUCAAGUAGAAACAUGAAGUAGAAUCCUAAAUCAAGUAGAAUUCUAAAAUUUAAAAAGUAUUAAAAUAUUGUUUCGGCGUGAUCAGGUCGGCUUUGGGACGGUUCUUGAUUGGUGACCGCAUCAUUCACCUCCACUUGAGAAGAAUUCGUCCUCGAAUUAUGAUCUGGGUAUGACAACUCAACGUCUGGCAAAUACAAAGAAAGAUCAGCAACAUUGAAUGUUUUGGAAAUACCCAUAUGAUUUGGAAAAUCCACAACAUAAGCAUUAUCAUUGAUAUUCUUUGUAAUCUUGUAAGGACCAUACUUCUUUGACUUGAGCUUGUUCUGCUGUCUUGCUAGAAUCCGUUUCUUCUUCAAGAAUAUCAUGAUUUCAUCUCCAACCGCAAAUACUUUGUGUUUCCUAUGCUUGUCACUUGCUAUCUUGUACUUCUUAUUCGUCUCGUGCAACUUUUGAUUGACAUCUUCCUGAACUACUUGAACGUGCUCGGCUAAGUCACUAGCUGCAACACUGAAACCUGGUACCUUUGGCAAUUUUACCAAAUCCAAUGCAUGAUUAGGAACUUUCAUGUAUACGAUAGGGAAUGGUGAUCUUCCUGUUGAGCUAUGCACGGCGUUGUUGUAGGCAAAUUCCGCUUGAGCUAUGACUAUGUCCCAUUGUCUUGGCUUGUCUUUGCAAACACUGCGAAUCAGAUUUCCUAAGGUACAAUUCACCAUCUCUGUCUGUCCAUCAGUCUGGGGAUGUGCUGUGCUGCUAAAAUUCAAAGAUGAAUCGAACAUUCUCCAUAAGGUAAUCCAGAAGUGACUCAAAAAUCUUGUAUCAUGAUCCAAAGUAAUAGUUUUAGGGACUUCAUGUAGUCUAACAAUCUUCUUGAAAAACAAUUUGGUUGUAGCUACUGCAUUUGUCGUCUUCUUGUAUGGAAGAAAGUGCGCUAUCUUGGAAAACUUGCCAACCACUACAAAAACAGAAUCCAUACCUCGUUGGGUUCGCGGUAGACCCAACACGAAGUCUAUAGACAAAUCUUCCCAAAUAGCAUUGGGAACAUGCAAUGGCAUGUAGAGACCAGUGUUAGAAGAGUGCUCCUUAGCUGUUUGAUAUAUAUAACACCUCGCCACAAUAAUAGAAACAUCUAUUCUUGCUCUUGGCCAAUAAUACCUUCCCAUAACAGCUUCAAUAGUCUUGUCUCUGCCAAGAUGCCUUGCUAAGCCACCACCAUGCAAAUCCCGAAUAAUUUUCUCACGAAGGGAUAUGCAAGGGAUGCAUAACUGAUUUCCCUUCAUGAGAAACCCAUCAUGCACAUAGAAAUCUCCUGAUGGUUGCUGAGACAUGCAUUGUUCCCACACAUGUUUGAAAUCAUCGUCUGUCGCAUAUAAUUCUUUAAAGCACUCAAAUCCAACAAUCUCAACACUAAGGGUCUUGAUCAAAUCCAUAUACCUACUCAAAACGUCUGUCACUCGAUUAUGUUGUCCCGACUUAUGCACAAUUUUAUAUAAAAAUUUAUCAAUAAAAGCAUACCAUCUAGCAUGCAUAUCACUCCUCAAUUGCCUUUGGCUAUUCAAGUACUUAAAGAGCUUGGUGAUUCGUGUAAAGAACAAAUUCUUUGGCAAUCAAGUAAUGUUCCCAUGUCUUAACGGCCUUCACCAUUGCAUAAAACUCCUUAUCAUAAGUAGACAACUUUCUUCUAGCUUCACACAAAUUCUCACUGAAAAAUGUAAUUGGUCUUUUCUCUUGGGACGACACAACACCUAUACCCACUUCACUCGCAUCACACUCAACCUCAAACAAUUUGUCAAAGUUUGACAAAGCUAAGACAGGAGCGGUGCAUAAUUUUUCUUUUAUCAAGGUGAAACUUUGCUCUUGUUCUUCACCUCAAUGGAACUUUCCUUUCUUUAAACACUCAGUAAUUGGAGCCACAAUACUACUAAACUGUUUGAUAAACCGCCUAUAGAAAGUUGCUAACCCAUGGAAACUUCGCACAUCACUGACAUUUUUAGGGGUUGGCCACUCUCUAAUAGCUUGCACUUUUUCCUCAUCUACCUCAUCUCUUUGCUUAUAACAAAGCCUAAGAACAAUAAGCUCUCACUUAUAAAAAUACACUUCUUCAAAUUAGCAUAAAGUUUGUUUUCCCUCAACACACUCAACACAUCCCGAAUAUGCCUCUCAUGCUCAUUAAUAGAGUUACUGUAUAUCAAAAUAUCAUCAAAUACACCACAACGAAUUUACCAAUGAAAGGGCGUAAUACUUGAUUCAUUAGUCUCAUGAAAGUGCUUGGUGCAUUGGUUAAUCCAAAGGGCAUGACUAACCACUCAAACAACCCAUCUCUCGUCUUGAAAGCUGUCUUCCACUCAUCUCCAGGUUGAAUUCUGAUUUGAUGAUAACCAUUUCUAAGAUCAAUUUUGGUAAAAAUUACAGCCCCAUCAAGUUGAUCAAGCAUGUCGUCGAGCUUAGGAAUUUGAAAUUUGUACCCAAUAGUAAUUUUGUUGGCGACUCUACUGUUAACACACAUCCUCCAACUCUCAUCUUUAUUUGGUGUCAAUAAUGCUAGCACUGCAUAUGGACUCAUGCUAGUCUGAAUGCACCAUUUUCUCAACAAUUUCUCUACCUGCUCACGCAGAAUCUCAUUUUCCCUAGGACUCAUCCUGUAGUGUGGUAGGUUAGGCAAGUUAGCACUAGGAACCAAGUCAAUGUGGUGUUGAAUAUCCUUCAUAGGAGGUAGCUCAUUAGGCAACUCCUCAGGAACCACAUCAUGAAAUUUCUCCAACAAUCCUUGCACCUCCACUGGAAUUUGAUUCAACUUCAGUGGCUCACUCACGCUUUCUCCCUUGAUAACCAAUAAGUGAACCUCUCGAGUAUCCUUACACUCCCUCACAAACUCAGUGUGCUUAUAUGUAAUGGUAAGAAAAUUUCGCCCCUCCACUUUAGAAGCUUUGGUUUGGUUCUUUUCCACUAUGGGUAACAAAAUAUAACGCACACCUUCUUUCUCAAGCUAAUACGUGUUCUUCCUACCCGAGUGCUUAGCAUCCACAUCAAGUUGCCAAGGCCUCCCAAAUAAAAUAUGGAAAUCAUCCAUAUCAACAAUAUCACAAUAGACUUUAUCGGAGUACUUACUAAUAGAGAACGACACCCUGUAGCGUUUAUCCACAUGUAUGCCACCAACUUCUUUGAUCCAUCCAAUCAUGUAAGGGCUUGGAUGUUUUUCAGGAGUUAACUGCAUCUUUGUCAUCAUGUCUCUUCCUAUGAUGUUCUUCUGACUUCCAUUAUCAAUAAUCAACUCAAAGAUUUUUCCUUUCACCGUACACCUCGUGCGGAAAAACUUAUGCCGUUGAGUAGUAUCUUCAUUCUUUUGAGAUAGCAUUAACUUCCUCACUACACAUGUAGGUAUAUUCCCCAUGUCCAUAAUUUUCUUCGUCAUCCUCCCCACCAAGCCCGCAAUAUACUUCCUCUUCAGCAACAUCUUCCUCUUCCCUUUCUACAAUGUUAACUGUUUUCCUCCUUGGGCAAUCACUAGAUCGAUGCCCAAGCUUAUUGCACUUGAAACAUUUUAAAAGAAUAGGCUUUGCAUAAGGAUUAGGGGAUUUUGGAAGAUUAGAAGUAGUACCUUGAAUGUUUUCCCCCGUUGUAGCCUUAUUAGGGUUGACUGUAUGGGGUGGAUUGGAGGGUUGCGCUCCCUGAACCGACUUGCCUUUAUCAAAGGCUGCUUAUUUAUUUUUAUUCCCACUAUACCGACGAUAGUUGUCAUUACGAGCUCUCUCACUCAACAUUAACUCAGCCCUUAAAGCUAAGUUCCUUGCUUCUCGCACACUCAUAACCAACUGAACCCCAAUUUUAUCUUGAAUAUCAGGCUUCAAUCCAUUCAAGUAACGAGCUGCUUGUUGAUUGUCACUUUCUGACAAUUGGUUUCUCUCCGUCAAUCGCAAAAACUCAGAGGUAUAUUCAUUCACACUCUUCAUUCUUUGUGCACAUCUUUAAUAAGCUUCAAACAUAUAUUGUUCAUAGUCAGGGGGUAAAGACCUACCUCUUAACAGCUGCUUCAUUUGUCUCCAUGUUUGAAAUGGCUGUCGGCCUUCCCUCAAUCUGGUCUCUCUUAAUUGCUCCCAUCAAACAGAUGCACCGCUCUUCAAUCUGUAAGCCACUAACUUUACUUGUCGUUCAUCUGGGAUCUCCAUGUAUUUGAAAAAACGGUCAACCUUAGUGAUCCAAUCCAGGAACCCCUCAAUAUCAAGAUCUCCACUAAAGGUAGGAAUAUCAACUUUUAGUUUAUACUCAUCGUUGCCCCAGUGAUUGUGUUGAUGUGCAUUCCUCCUAACCCCUCUACCACCAGGGUUAGCUAUUGCUCGACCAAAAUCAUCAUCUUCAUCACUAUCUUCAAUCACUGGUCUUCUAGAAUUAACAAGGACAUAAUUAAUGGGUGGUCUUCCCCUCCGGCUUGAUUCAUCUCAUUAUUCAGGUUCCUGUCAUCAUCAACUCGUAGUAAGGUGCCCAUUUGGUUGCAAAUUUGCUCUAAUCGCUGCUGGAUAGUACGAGUUACUUCCCAUUGUUCUUCAAUUACUCUCCAAACUGUGGACAACCCCUGAUCGCCGUCACGAGACUGGUUGCUAUUGUUACCUUCAAGAUUGACCAUUUGAUUGAUUGAUUAACUGCUCUGAUACUACCUUACGCAGCGUGUAGCGCAUGUGUGAAAAAACACACACCAAAAUAAACCAUUGAAAGAGCAAACUUCAAUGGUUGAAGCUUGGCUUUCAAGAAAACGCAAAAAUAAGACUGUUUUGUUAAGAAAACCCAAAUAGGUUGUUAAAAUUUGAUUGAGAAAAAUUUGAUUAAAAACUCUAGGUUCUAGGUAUAUUUAUAGUAUUUGGUUAAUCCAAAUCCAUCUAAUAUUUGUAAACAAAAUCCAACUAGAAUCCUAAUAAAAAUAAAUCAUAAAUAAAAGUUAACUGAAAUCCUAAUAAAAAUAAAACCCUAAUCAAACAUGAAGUAGAAUCCUAAAUCAACUAGAAACAUGAAGUAGAAUCUUAAAUCAAGUAGAAUCAUGAAUUAUAAUUCUAAAUCAAGUAGAAACAUGAAGUAAAAUCCUAAAUGAAGUAGAAUUCUAAAACUUAAGAAGUAUUAAAAUAUUGUUUCGCCGUGGUCGGGUCGGCUUUGGGCUGGGUCUUGAUUGGUGACCGCAUCACUAUUAAAUCUAAAUUUUAAAAUUUAAACAAAGACUAAAUCCUAAUAUUAAAAAUAUAAUUUAAUAAUUAAAUUCCUUAUUAUGGGGUGGGGGUUUUUGUAAUUUUUUGGUACAACUUUGACUCCUUAGUUGCCUUGAUGAAGUUGGAGCGCCCUCCAGAAUAAAAUCCUGUUUCUUGUUUUCCCCCCCCCACAAAAUCAAAAGCCAUUUCAGCAAACUUUAUUGUUUGGGUGGGCCUGCUGUUUGGGCCACGAGGUUGGCCCACAAAGCUUCGCACCCCUUUUGGGCCUUGAGUUGGCAGAAGUUACGACUCCUUAAUAAUUGGAAAUUUUCUAAAUUGGAAAGAAUUAGGAAUCCUUGUUAACAGCAAAUUAAGUCUUUAUGAUGAUACCUCUAGUUAAACGGGUUAAUUAUUAUGUAUGUAUAUAAUGAGUGGAUUAGUUGUUAAGAUCAAUCCAAAAUCAUAAAGGGUGUUGUAAAAUUUACUGAUUUUGAAGAAAU